AUGUUUGCAUCGUCCGUACAGCUACGUAGCUUGCCAAAGCUAGCGUUAACAAGGGCGAUUUCCUCCUCGGUCGCUAUACGAAAACCUAUCCAAGGCGACCAGCUCACUCGCUUAUUCGACAGCCAAAAGUGCUUCUCGAAUUUUAACAAGGCACCUGGCGGAUAUUUCUCGACGAAGCAUGUCGGUUUGUUCAGAAAUGAGAAACUAAAAUCCCCAGAUGGGCUCAUAGAAUUCUCGAAAGAGUCUCUUAAAAAAGCUAAGAGCUUAGUCAAGACCAUGCUCUUGGAAGCGAAAAACACUGACCAAGGCAAGCUUAGUUAUAUACGGAAACUUGACCAGCUUAGUGAUAUAUUGUGUCGUGUAAUAGAUGCUGCUGAAUUUAUAAGAGUGGUCCAUCCAAGCCAGAAAUGGGUAGCGGCGGCCCAGAAUACCCACGAGAUAAUGUUUGAAUACAUGAAUCAGCUCAAUACAAACGUCGAUUUGUAUCGUACGUUAGCUCAGAUACUUGAUCUGGAUAUCGUGCACCACUUAAGUCAGGAAGAGAUCGACGUCGGAAAGUACUUACGCCAGGACUUCGAAAGAUCUGGUAUUGCGAUGGAUCCCGAAACUAGAAAUAACUUCGUUGCAAUCACUCAGCAGAUCUCACUAUUAGGUGCAUCGUACAACAACGAAGUUCAUGAUCUUGAAAGCUUUUGGUGCACUAUCAGUCCACAAGAAUUCGAGUUGAUCGGCGACGAAAGGCUCAAAUCUGAGAUAAAAGAUUUCCAGGCGAAAGCACCACGAACUAAUCACGGUAUAUCCAUCCCACUCGCUGGACUGUUACCUUAUUCUAUCUUAGUAAGAUGUUCUAAUGAAGAGGUAAGAAGAAAGGUUUGGAUAGCUUUGCAUAAUUCCCCUAAGCGUCAAAUAAAGACGUUGGACAGUUUUGUCAAGUACCGUGCUUUAUUAGCCAAUAUGCUUGGGUAUCUGUCAUUCGCAGACUAUCAGCUUGAGCACAAGAUGGCGAAAUCUCCACAUAAUGUUAUUGCAUUCUUGACCAACCUUCAGGAAACUCUUCUUUCAGAGAAAAAGGGAGUCAUGAGUGAACUCAGAAGGUUGUACAAGUACAAGAAUGGAAGUGGCCUUGCUGUCUCGAAUGAUGAGGUCCUUUCCGAAGUCAAACCUUGGGACAGAGAUUACUUGCUUGCGAAGAUGAUGAAGGACUCCGACCUCAGUCUGCAUGAUGAAGAGAUAUCUGAGUACUUGUCUGUCGGCACUGUCAUGAAUGGGCUCAGUAAACUCUUCCAGAGUAUCUAUAACGUCUCUCUUGUGCCUGAGAGAACUGACAAGGGCGAAACAUGGGAUCACAGCAGUGUUCGCAAACUCAAGUACAUGGAUCUCACGAAUAAUGAGGUAUUGGGGUACUUAUACGUUGACUUCUGGUCGGAGAAAGUGCUUCCAUCUCAUUUUACUAUCGUGUGCUCAAGAGAGCUUAAUACCUCUAUUGGUACGGAACUGAGGGAAGAUAUGGAGCAGGCUGUUCAUCUCAGUAAAGAUAAAGAUUAUCAGCUUCCAGUUAUCUCGCUCGUUUGCAAUUUCCAGAAACCAAAAAGUACCGGUAUGGGUCGUCUUGCUGGUUUAGAUAGCGACAUGCCGACUCUUUUGACACUUGAACAGGUGGACACAAUCUUCCACGAGAUGGGCCAUGCAAUGCAUUCGAUGCUCGGGCGUACAAGGCUUCAUAACUUGUCUGGCACUCGCUGUCUGACAGACUUUGUGGAACUUCCUUCUGUGCUUAUGGAGUCCUUCAGUAAUGACCCAAGAGUGCUUUGUAAGAUCGCUAAACAUUACAAGACAGGUGAACUGUUGCCUGAAUCUCUCUUAAGGAACCAUCAGGCAAAGAGAGACUCCCUCAAACAUUGUGAAUCUUACAUGCAAUCUAAAAUGGCCCUUCUUGAUCAAGUUUUGCAUGAUGAGAAGGUAGUGGACUUCAGCAAUCAUGAAUCGUUCAAAAAAUUCAGUUCGACUUCUGUAUACCACCAUCUCGAAGGUGAGCUUAAGGUGUUUGCUGAUCAGUGGUCUACAUGGCAUGGAAAGUUCCCGCACUUAUUUUCGUACGGAGCUGUUUACUACUCAUAUUUAUUGGACCGAGCCAUAGCUGAAAAAGUUUGGAACGGCCUUUUCAAAGACGAUCCUUGGAGCCGUGCUGCAGGCGAGAAGUACAAGGAGAGUAUACUCAAAUGGGGCGGUGCCCGUGAUCCCUGGAAAUGCUUAGCAGAAGCAUUAGAUGACGAAGAAUUAAGUAAGGGUGAUGCUAGGGCUAUGGAAAUAAUAGGCCACUUGUAA